AUGCCGUCUGAGCCGUCGGAUUCUAGCCAGCCGUCAGAUCGCAGCCGUUCCCCUAAUCCCACUCAUUCUGGCGGGGUGGGUCCCCACCGCUGCAACGACCGUCUUGAAGACGUCAUCCAGGGUUUAUUCGAGGGCAACUGGAGCUCCAACCUUAAGAAGCCUCUGCAGCUGUUCUUUGAGUGUAUCCGCUCCAAACCAGGGUAUGAGCGCAUGGCGGUGCUGUGCUACAGGUGGAAGUUGCACCUUGGUCUAAAAAAUGCCUUCUUCUGCAGAGGGGCUGUGGCUGCUGUCAGGACGGUUUGUCUGAGAGCAAAUGGUGGUGCUGUAGCUGCUGCCGGCAGUGCUGGUCAUUCCUCCUUCACUGCAGCUGCGUUUCCCUCUACACUUGCUACGGCUGCUGCUGCUGCUGCUGCUUUUCCUUCUGCACGCGGCAAAGCUGUUUCAGGCUCUCAUUGCAUGCUGCUGACUUCAUCUGCACGUGCCGGGCGAUUGGUCCGGCCUGCUAGCCUGGGUGUGCUUCUGGAAAAUGGCGUAUCAAGUAAAGCGGUGGGAAAGGCAGCUAGAAGAGCAGCAACCCCUAUAGUUAGAGGAGAACCAGGAGGUAGAGGAGCCGUUGCAGCUUCUGUGCCUAUUGCUGCUGGCGGUGCACGAUUCAAACCGUCCUUGGGAGGAAGGCCCUCCUCUCUGCUGCUUGCCUGCAGCAUGCGGGGGAGAGAGGCAGAACUGAGGGGGAGUUGUAGUAGCUACAGAGGGAAUGGCACUGUGGCGUGUGCCAUUGGUCGAGGCAGGGCUGCUAAAAAGGAGGUGUUGGCUUGGGGGAGUACGGAGGAGGUGACUGUAGGGGACGUGAGUGGAGCAGAGGUGAUUGUAGGGGACGUGAGUGGAGCAGAGUUAGCUAUAAGGGACGUGAGUGCAGAAGAGACAGUCGAGGGUGUGAGUGUAGGGGACGUGACUACAGAGAAGACAGUCAAAGGGGUGACUGUUGGGGACGUGGGUGCGGAAUGGACAGUUGAAGAGGUGACUGUAGGGGACGUGAAUGCAGAAAAGACAGCUGAAAAGGUGACUGUAGGGGAUGUGAGCGAAGAGAGUAGCAGCAGUAGCCUAACAGAGGGCAGUCGAGCUCCAGAAUUUACUGUUUGGGAAGAGGAUGCACAAGCACUGGUGGUCGAUGAGAGAGCAUGGGAGAAGCAUCAGGCAGCAGUCGAGGAAGCGUCGAUUGGUCUGCACGACGCUGAUGCCAAUCGAUUGGUCUUUGGAGUCAGCGGUCUCCACGACACCGAAGAGGCCGUCGAGUCGACUCACACACCGAUAAGCUCACACCAGCCUUUCAAAUCGACUCAAACACCACGUGCGGCUGAGGCAGCUUUGGUGGGUCAGCAGCAGGGCAUUCAGGGUCCGUCUGAGCUGUCUCAAACAUGGAAGGAGGGGCAGCAGCCCUGGCAACCGCAGCAGAAGCAGCAGCAGCUGAAGAAGCAGUGGCAAGGGCAAGGAGAGCAGCAAGAGCAGAAGGUGGGAGCGGAGGCAGUGGUGUUUGAUAUGAGUGAGCAGGGAGGGAAUAAGGGGGGAGCAGAGGCAGCAGUGUCUGAUGUGAGUGAGCAGCAAGAGCAGAAGGGGGGAGCGGAGGCAGCGGUGUUUGAUGUGAGUGAGCUCGUUCAAGCUGUGGCGGUUGAAGCAGCUUCGGAUUUCUCGAAUGUCCAAGGCUUCAGGAGCAGCUUUCACCAGUAUCUUGAGUCGGUGCACGAGAGGAUGACACGUCAGCAGCUGAGUGCCUCGCUGGAAGUGCAGCAGGUGGUGGGAUGGGCAGGAGUGAACUACGACAUUCUGCCACGUGCCGUGCGCAUGCAGCGAUUGGAACCGAUCUCCCGGGCUCUUGGGUACUCGGACACGCAGCACCUGCUGGAGCACUACACGGCCGUUGAUGACGCGAUGAGCGGAUUGGAGAGUUUCGGGCAUAGCGGAGGAGAGGAGAGCGUGAGCUUUGAGUUGACUCAUCUGGGGGAGCACCACAGGGCCACUGUGGAGGCACUGGGAUGGGAGAGUGAGGAGAUGGUGGGGCAUAGUGGACGAGACAGUAUGGAGCGUGGAGGGAAGGAGAGGGUGGUACACGAGUGCAAGGAGAGGGUGGCAGCAGAUGAUGGAUGGCGUGCUCAUGCUGUUGCUGAUCUCAGCCACUCUUCCCAGUCUCCCCCUUACUCUCGCCCUUCCCAAGCGUCCGCUCAUCCUUCCCACGCAUCUCCUCGCACCAGCACACCCUCUCAAGCACCAGCCCGCAGUCCUCAGGUUACGUCUCCAAACUUGGAGCCCCACUGGAGUGAAACAGCAGCCAAGCCACACUCCCCUCAGCGUUCCCAGUCCACCCCCACUUCCCUUUCCUCUUCGUCUGCUCCUGCUGUCCGUUCUUCUCCUUCUUCCGCUCCUUCUGCUCCGUCUGCUCCGUCUGCUGCUUCUGCUGCCACGCUUUUGGAGAGGAAGUCAUGGGCCAUGCGUGCUGCUGCUGCUGUUGCCCGUGCUGCCUCACCUCCCACCCCCACCACCACACCUGCCCCCACCACCACCACACCCGCCCCCACCUCAACCACCACCAACACCACCACUCCCACACCUCUCACCACCAGCACCCCCACAACACACGCCACCUCGGCCACUCCUCCCUAUCCCUCAACUCGCCUUCCAGUCCCUCGUUCCACACCUCCUUCCUCUGCUGCCCCUUCUGCUGACCCUCCCACGUCUCUCUCUAACCCUCCCAGUCCUCCCCAUUCCCACCCACAAGCACCGUCUGCACCCUCUUGGUCUGCAGACAGGCACAGCCCGUGGUCCCCCUGGGACCAUCGAGGCACUACCUCUCAACAAGAAACACCUCAAGUCUUCACUGAGAGGCGAGGCACAAUCCGAGCUAGGAGUGUCGUUGAGUCGACUAAAACGAAUCAAGAAACGCCUCUUGUCUCCAGCACCACUGUGAGGGAGGACGUUAUCCGAGCCAGCAGUGUGGUGCAGGGAGCAGGCCACGUGUCAGCACAGCAGGUAGAGUGGUUAUCCCUGGAAGAGAGUGACAGGGUGGGUCGUCAAGAAGCAACGCAUCCUGCCGUGGCUGCCCUGCUGGCUCGGUGGCGCCAGACCCAGUUUGGCUCGGUCUGCUUCGAGGACCGGCCGGAGCUGAAGCUUCCAGGCCUGAUUCGAGAUGUGGUUGGAGCUGAGGCUCGGGAAGCAGGUCCGGGAGUUGUGGAUCCGGUGCAGGGAGUAGAGGGGGGGAGGAUGGGAGAGGAAGGUGGAGGUGUGAGUGGUUUGAGGGGGUUUGGAGGGGCUGAUUUGGAGGACGAUGAUUGGGUAGAAGGAGGGGAGGAUGGGGAGGAGGUGGAGGAAGAGGAAGGAGAAGAGGAGGAAGGAGGGUUUGAAGAUUUGGAUGCGGUAGGCGAGGAGGAGGAGGAGGAGGAGGAGGAGGAGGAGGAGGAGGAGGAGGAGGAGGAGGAGGAGAACGAAGAAAUGAUUGACGCAUUUUUACAGGAGCAGGGGGGUUUAGGCUUUAGAAUGGUAGAAAAGGAAGAGGAGGAGCGGAGUGGUGUUGCAGUGGUAGCUGUGGAAGCAUGGGAGGCAGACAGCCUGGCGACAGGCACAGGCACAGGCAGGGCGAAGAGGGGACGGAGAAAGAAGACAAUAGAAGCCAGUGGGGGGUGGCAGGAGGGCAGGGGGGAGAGCAGCGGUGUUGCAGUGGUAGCUGUGGAAGCAUGGGAGGGAGGCAGCAUUGCAACAGGCACAGGCACGGCAAAGAGGGGACGGAGGAAGAAGACAAUAGAAGAAGAUGGAACUGUGGCUUGGGAUACACAGAAUGCAGAAGAAGGGCUGGUCAUGCCGUCAGGUAGAAGCACAAAAGGUGGGGAUGCAGCGGCGGGUGGGGAUGCAGCCGACCGUGCGGCAGCAGAGAUGGUCUGGCUGGAUGCGACACUAGGGAGCACAGACGGAGCAGCUGAUGCACCAGCCUCACACGGCGGGGCAGCAGCAAUAGAGGAGCACGUGAGCUGGCUGGAGACGCCACUGAGGAGCCUGGCUCGGCGGAGUGGGGGUGUGCUGACGCCCGGGCAGCUGGGGAAGCUGGAGAAGGCGGGGAUGUGGACGGUGCGGCACCUGCUGGAGCAUUAUCCGCACACGUACCGGGACCUCACGUGUAGCAGAGAGGAUGUGAUGAGGGACGGGCAGGUGGCUGCUGUGGGCGUGGUGGAGUUCGUCAGUGUAAAUGCAGCCAGAGGUGGGUCGUGUGCGGUGGCUGAGCUUCGAAUCCGGUGCAGCCCACCUGACAACGCCGCCACCGCAGGCACCACCAAUUCCCCAACCAGCACCACAACCAGCCGACCCGGAUAUUUCAUCCCGGGAUUCACCAGCAGAAGUAGCAGUAGCAGUAGCAGCAGCAGUGGCAGCAAUGGCAACAGUGGUGGUGGGUUCGUGGUGACAGCGAAGCAGUUCCGUCCUGGGAGCUGGGCUCGGAAAGCUCUUUACUCCGCCUACCCUAAGGGCUGCCUCGUCUCUGUCACUGGCCAGGUAAAGGCUGUGCAGGGCGAUGGCACGUUUGAGCUGGACAUGAACAGCGACAUUGUGAAGGUGGAUGCAGGCGCCAGCAGGGGGGACGGUGGUGCUGUGCCGGUGUAUUCAGCCAGGAAGGACAUGGAUCCUCUCUCCCUGCGCGUCAUCCUGGAAAGUCUAAUCAAGCUCAUUCCUCAGGACAUGGAAUACCAUUCCCCCUCCCUCCGCGCGCGCUACAACCUCCUCCCCCUCCCUCUCGCCCUCGCCACCAUCCACUGCCCGUCCGACCGCGCUCUAGUUCCCCGUGCCCGGCGCCGCCUCUUGCCUUCCCCACUUACCCCGUCCCCUCCUCUUUUCCCCCUCCCACCACAGUUUAAUCAAGCUUAUCCCUCCAGACAUGGAAUAUCAUUCCCCCGCCCUCCGCGCACGCUACAGCCUCCUCCCCCUCCCUCUCGCCCUCGCCACCAUCCACUGCCCGUCCGACCGCGCUCUCGUUCCCCUUGCCCAGCGCCGCCUCUUGCCUUCCCCACUUAUCCCGUCCCCUCCCCUUUUCCCCCUCCCACCGCAGUCUAA